AUGGAAUUCCCGUCAUCCGACGAGGAGGAUGAAAAUUACGAUGUCGAGGAAGACUUGAAAAAGGAAAUGGAAGAAGAAUUAAAAGAGAAUAAAAAAAGUAAUAAAGUAAACGAAAAGAAUGGUAAACAAAUUCAAAAUGCCAUAAAAAAUUCAAUAAUAAAGGAAAAAAUUGAAAAAGCAUAUUACGAAAUUAAUGAAGAAUUUGAAAAAUUAUAUACACACGAAACAAAUGUGCACGAAGAAGAUUUUUUGCUCCAGUUUCAUAAGAAAUACCCACAAGUAGAAAAAAAUUAUAACACAAAAAAAAAAUUACUUAAUCAUAUAAAUAAGUACUGUUCGCUUGAUGAAGACAAUUCACCCAUAAUGAACAUCAGGGAGUAUAAGCAGAAGUGCCGGAGUGGUGAUAACAACAACAAUGGUAGCAGUGUGAAUGGCAAAAGUAGUAAUUACAACAAUAAUAGCGGCAGUAAAAAUAAUUGUAAUGGUAACAAUGACAGUGUCGGAGAGGGAAAUCUUUCUGAAGCGGUAAAGAAUGCCCUGGAUGCAUUUCGUGAAAAUAAUUCUGUUGAUGUAGAAAAGAGAUACAUGUACGCUGGAAAAAUUUAUACUGUUAAAAAAAAAAUUGACAAAACGUCUUCUUCAUAUAAAAGAUAUAUAAAGACAAAGGACAAGAUGACCAUAGGUGGUAAUUUUACGAACAUUGAUAAACUUAUACAAAACAUACAAGAAAAUAAAGAAAUAAAUACUCUUGAUAAGUCUACAGAAGAUUGGAAGAAUUACAAAAUAACUCAUGCCAUAGACGAAGAAAAAUUAAAAGCUCAUCAGAAUUAUAUAGAAAAUAAACUGUUUGUUGAAAAUGUGGAAAGGAAAUUGUACGAAAAUAAAAUUAAAAAUAAAAGCACCAUAAAGUGA